GCAGGGCGCAGAGCGCAGAGCGCGCGCAGACACCGCCCCGGACACAGGUGAGAGGAAGCAGGUCCAGGUGCAGCAGUCAGGAUCAGCUGAGGAGAGUCAUGGCUCUCUGGAGCGAACUGAGACUGUGAGCUCUCCCAGUCCGAGCAACUGGACUAACUGGACGGUCACAUCUUCAUCAUCUUCCUCCUCCUCCUCCUCCUCGCUCAGCUGCAGGUGCUCCACGAUGUUUCACCACAGCAACAACAAGAAGUGUUUCACCAUCGAGUCUCUGGUGGGGAAGGAGGCGAGCAGCGGCGGCGGCUCCGGUGAGGAGCCCAUCCGGCCCACGGCGCUCCGCUUCCCGGAGUCCCUGCACCCCUCCGCCGCUGCCGCCGCCGCCGCCGCCGCCGCCGGGGUGUUCGGCUCGUGCUUCCAGGGGAGCAGCGGGAGGACUUUGUACUCUGCCGGGCCGGACAUGGUGCUCCAGGAGCCCGGGACGCACGCGCACAGCCCCGGCGGGCUGCCGCUGCACCCGCUGCAGAUCCCCCCGCAGAGCUUCUUCAGCCCGCAGCACCGGGACGCGCUCAGCUUCUACCCGUGGGUGCUGCGGAGCCGCUACCUGGGACACCGCUUCCAAGGGGACGACAGCAGUCCAGAGAACCUGCUGCUUCAUGGUCCGUUCUCCAGAAAACCCAAAAGGAUCCGGACAGCGUUCUCGCCCUCUCAGCUGUUGCGCUUAGAACGAGCAUUUGAAAAAAAUCACUAUGUCGUCGGAGCCGAGAGGAAGCAGCUGGCCAGUGGGUUGUGUCUGACUGAGACACAGGUGAAGGUUUGGUUUCAGAACCGCAGGACAAAGCACAAGCGGCAGAAGUUGGAGGAGGAGUCUCCUGAAGCUCAGCAGAAGAGGAAGGGCAGUCAGCACGUCAACCGCUGGAGAGCGGCCACACAGCAGCCUGGAGGAGGAGGAGGAGGAGGAGGAGGAGCAGUGGAGGACGUGGACGUCCUCAGUGAGGACUAGACUGCAGCAAACACAAACACACACACACACACACACACACACACACACACACACACACUGUUACAGUCACUCUGAUUCGUGUCAGACGUCUAAAUUUACCUUUAAAGGUGCGUUCAGGUGCUUUUUACAUGUUUAAAUAUAGCAUAUCAACGGUUAGACUCACAGGAGGAUGAGCUAACGAUGCUAACAGGAGGAUGAGCUAACGAUGCUAACAGGAGGAUGAGCUAACGAUGCUAACACAAGUCUCUAAACUUCAGCUGUUGAUUCAGUUUUUCCUCCUUUAAACGAAAGUAAAGUCCAUUAUGAACAUGGAUUAUUAUAAGUUUAAUUUCUCUGUAAAAUCAACCAUGGUCAAACUGAGGCCUGAACCGCUGUAAAAAAAUUAAGUUUUUUAAUAUUAUGAUAUAAUAUUAUUUAUAUAUGUGUGUAAUAUUAAUAUUGUUAAUAUUACACACAGUGAGAACUUCACUCUACCAACAAACACUUAGCUGUAAAAUAAACAGCUCUAAAUCAUAAAGUAAGUCUAAAGAAAUAAUAAAAACGUGUCACUUUAAAAUCUCCUGAAUCGUUCAAUAGAAAACACCAGAACAUAAAUGUGCACGAACCUGGGUAAAAGGCACUGAACGCACCACGAGGCCAACUUCAGCUCUGUGUGCCACUGAUGUGAAGCACUGAUGAUGAGGAUGAGAAUAUUCUGUGAGAGGGGAGAGAGAUAUGAGCUGUAAUGACUCUGUAAGAUUUAAAAUUCAUUAACAGUAAACGUGUAACUGAUGGUGUGAGUGAGCAGAAAGUCCCUGAACGCCUCCCGCAGCUGAGAGCAGAACAAACUCAGAACUGUUGUCCUCUCAACAAACUUUAUUUGUCUGAAAACAAGUCUGUGAAGAAUCCAGUCUCUGCAGGACGGUCACAAUAAUUAACACAAAUUCAGUGAAUUAUUUCAUCCAACCAAAACUUUACUGCAGAUUAGAUCAUUUAAAACAGGAGCUGCACGCAUCGUAUAGAUUAGCUCAGCUUCUCCUCUGUACCUGGGACAGAGUAACACACACAGUGACAGGGCUAACUGUUAGCAUCUCACGGCUAAUGUCACCCAACGGUUAAUAACAGCCGCUGCUGCUGUGUUAGCUCGUGCUAACAGAGCAGGAGGAGAGCGGCUCAUGGAGACGGUCCUUCAGCGCUGUGUUGAAUGGCAGCAACAGCUGAUUGUUGGCGUUCAGCUGUCAUCACAAAUAGAUUGUAAGGGUACGGUCGCAUGUGAGCAGCUGCAGGGGCGUGACCAUCGUCUGCUGAAGCCAAGUACGCCGCAUGCGGAAAGCUAACUCGCUAAUAAAUACUGCGAAAUCUGAUGUUAAUUUUCCCCAAUGUUACGUUUCACGCUCGUCUCCUGACUCACUGCAGCCAGGCUGCUUCUCUCAUGUCGGGCACUUUGUACCUUUCAUGGACAAUAUCACACAACAUCGGCAGGUUAGACAGGAAAACACUUGGUGCUUCUCAGAGUCGAGGAAGGAUCUUUAAACGUCUGAAUUUCAUGACGGUGACGUCACUGAAUCCCACUGAAGGACUGUUGUAAUGUCAAGGAUCCUUUGAAUUCUUCCAAGGACCGAGUCCUUCCUCCAGACAGAUUAAAGGCGGGGCCCAGGGUUGCAGCAAUAUUACGGUUUUAAAGUAUACUGUGAUUUAAAAGUUAUCAUUAAUAUUUGAGUUAUUUUCUCAGGGGAGACUUUUUACAC